AUGAUGCCAUCACUUCGGUUUGAACAAACCUCAUCUCUGACGAACCACUCAUGUGAAAACCAUCAACGCUCCUACAAAUCUGAGCAGUCAAUAAGUGGAAUUAGUGGCUGCGUCACCGAGGCCAUAGUGGAUAAGAAGUCGUCACGGGCUCUGAUGCUAAUCCUGACGACAUUCACAUACCUACUGUUGGGAGCGGCGGUAUUCGAUUUUUUGGAAAGCGAGACGGAAAGCUAUGUCCGAGAAGAAAUCGCACUCGUUCGCGAGAAACUCCAGAGAAAGUACAAUUUUAGCCAAAGAGACUUCCAACUUUUCGAGUCAGUUGCCAUCAAGAGCAUUCCGCACAAGGCCGGCUUCCAGUGGCAGUUCUCUGGAGCGUUUUAUUUCGCCACAGUUGUCAUCACCACAGUAGGUACGGGGAAUCACUAA